GUGGGGCGGGCCUGAUGGGGCGGGGUCCUCAGGGGGCGUGACCCGGCCUGACCACCUCGGUGAGUCCCGGCCCACCGAUCGCCCGCAGCCCGCAACCCGCAGCCAGCUUCUCUGCUCCGUGCUCGCCAGCAUGUCCUUCGUCCCAGUGGCCGAGGAUUCUGACUUCCCCAUCCACAACCUGCCCUACGGCGUCUUCUCCACUACAGGCAACUCAAGACAGAGGAUCGGCGUGGCGAUUGGUGACCAGAUCCUGGACCUCAGUGUCAUAAAGCACCUCUUCACUGGGCCUGUCCUCUCCAAACACCAAGAUGUCUUUGAUCAGCCAACUCUUAACAGCUUCAUGGGCCUGGGCCAGGCUGCCUGGAAGGAAGCAAGAGCAUUCUUGCAAAACCUACUAUCUGCCAGCCAAGCCAGGCUCAGAGAUGACACAGAACUUCGGAAGCGCGCAUUCACCUCCCAGGCCUCCGCCACAAUGCAUCUUCCUGCCUCCAUAGGUGACUACACAGACUUCUAUUCCUCCCGGCAGCACGCCACAAACGUCGGAGUCAUGUUCAGGGGCAAGGAGACUGCACUGAUGCCCAAUUGGCUGCAUCUACCGGUGGCCUACCAUGGCCGUGCCUCCUCUGUCGUGGUGUCUGGCACCCCAAUCCGCAGGCCCAUGGGACAGAUGCGCCCCGAUGACUCUAAGCCUCCUGUGUAUGGUGCCUGCAAACUCUUGGACAUGGAGUUGGAAAUGGCUUUCUUUGUAGGCCCUGGGAACAGACUUGGAGAGCCCAUCCCCAUCUCCAAGGCCCACGAGCACAUUUUUGGAAUGGUCCUCAUGAACGACUGGAGUGCUCGAGACAUUCAGAAGUGGGAGUAUGUCCCUCUUGGGCCAUUCCUCGGGAAGAGUUUUGGAACCACCAUAUCCCCAUGGGUGGUGCCCAUGGAUGCCCUCAUGCCCUUUGCUGUGCCCAACCCAGAGCAGGACCCCAAGCCCCUGCCAUAUCUCCGCCACGACCAGCCCUACAUGUUCGACAUCAACCUCUCUGUCGCCCUGAAAGGAGAAGGAAUGAGCCAAGCAGCUACCAUAUGCAGGUCCAACUUUAAGUACAUGUACUGGACGAUGUUGCAGCAGCUCACUCACCACUCUGUCAAUGGCUGCAACCUGCAGCCUGGGGACCUCUUGGGUUCUGGAACCAUCAGCGGGCCGGAGCCAGAAAGCUUUGGCUCCAUGCUGGAGCUGUCAUGGAGGGGAACGAAGGCCAUAGAGCUGGGGAAUGGACAGACCAGGAAGUUUCUGCUGGACGGGGAUGAAGUCAUCAUAACAGGGCACUGCCAGGGGGACGGUUACCGCGUUGGCUUUGGCCAGUGUACGGGAAAAGUGCUGCCCGCCCUCUCGCCGGCGUGACGUGCUCUCUGUUCUCCUGGAAACAAAGCCUUGAGCACCACCCUCCAGCUCCCUGGGAGGACCAGGGUCCCCUCUGUGGCGGUAGCCCUGGCUCUUCGUUCAGUAUUAAAGCCAUCGCUCUGUCUUUAUGCUCUGAGCCCA